GCCUGCCGCUACCUAACGACAUUAGCUGUCUGUUGCCCUUACGAAACCACAAAUAGAAUCUCGUUCCGGAAAUGACCGAGGCUCUUCCCAUCAAAUUUCAAGAGCAUGCGCAGCUGACGUCUCUCGGCGUUAAUGCUGCCAGCAUCAGCUUCAACACCCUCACGAUGGAAUCCGACCGUUUCAUCUGUGUUCGCGAAAAGGUCAAUGAAACAAACCAGGUCGUCAUCAUAGACAUGGCCAACAACAAUGAACUCGUUCGACGACCCAUCACCGCAGACUCUGUCAUCAUGAAUCCUGCAUCCAAGGUGAUGGCCUUGAAAGCUCAACGUCAGUUGCAAGUUUUCAACCUGGAAAUGAAGUCCAAGCUCAAGUCCCACUUGAUGCAUGAAGAUGUCGUCUUUUGGCGCUGGAUUGACAUUAAGACCCUUGGUUUGGUUACUGAGACUGCUGUUUAUCAUUGGUCCGUGGAAGGAGAGUCUGCUCCCGUUAAGAUCUUUGAUAGACAUGCUAGUUUGUCCGGCUGUCAAAUCAUCAACUACCGCGUCAACUCUGAUGAGAAAUGGAUGGUCUUGAUCGGAAUUUCUGCUCAGCAAGGACGUGUUGUUGGUUCCAUGCAACUGUUUUCCAAAGAACGCGGUGUCAGUCAGCCUAUUGAAGGUCAUGCCGCAGCAUUUGCUGACCUUAGACUUGAAGGCUCCGCUUCACCCACCAGGCUUUUUGCAUUUGCUGUUCGUAGUACCAAUGGUGCAAAGCUUCAAAUCGUUGAAGUUGACCACCAAGAAGGAAACCCUCCUUUCCAAAAGAAGGCCGUCGAAAUCUUUUUCCCUUCUGAAGCUGUCAAUGACUUCCCUGUUGCCAUGCAAGUCAGCCAUAAAUAUGGAAUCGUAUUUGUUGUCACAAAGUUCGGGUUCAUUCAUCUUUAUGAUCUCGAGUCUGGCACUUGCAUUUACAUGAACAGAAUUAGCGGUGAAACUAUCUUUGUCACUGCUGAGCAUGAAGCCACAAGUGGUAUUCUUGGUGUUAACCGCAAGGGUCAGGUUCUUUCCGUCAGCGUUGACGAAAAUAAGAUCAUCCCUUAUAUCAUCAACACUUUGAACAACACCGAAUUGGCUUUGAAAUUAGCUUCUCGUGGUGGUUUGCCUGGUGCAGACGAUUUGUAUGUCCAGCGUUUCAAUGAGCUUUUUGCUACUGGAGCCUAUGGCGAAGCCGCCAAGGUGGCCGCAAAUUCACCCCGCGGUAUUCUCAGAACUGCUGAUACAAUCAAUCGAUUCAAGCAUGUUCAAGUUGGCCCAGGCCAGCUUACUCCAAUUCUUCAAUACUUUGGUAUCUUGCUUGAAAAGGGUGAGCUCAACCGCUUCGAAUCCAUCGAACUUGCUAAACCCGUCUUGCUCCAAAACCGCAAGCAACUCUUGGAGAAGUGGUUGAAGGAAGACAAAUUAGAGUGCAGCGAAGAACUUGGUGAUAUUGUCAAGCAACAUGACCCUACACUUGCUCUCUCAGUCUACCUUCGGGCAAACGUGCCCCACAAGGUUGUCCUUUGCUUCGCAGAAUUGCGUCAAUACAACAAGAUUCUCCUUUAUGCCAAGAAGGUCGGUUACCAGCCUGACUACAUUGGCCUCUUGCAGAACAUUAUGCGUUCUGACCCCGAGAAGGGAGCCGAGUUCGCCACUAUGCUCGCUAAUGAUGAGGAUGGUGCCCUUAUUGACUUGGACAGGGUUGUUGAUGUCUUUAUGUCUCAAAACAUGAUCCAACAAGCAACUUCAUUCCUUUUGGACGCUCUUAAAGAUAACAAGCCCGAACAAGGUGCUCUUCAGACCCGCUUGCUUGAAAUGAAUCUUGUUCACGCUCCCCAAGUUGCUGAUGCCAUUUUGGGUAACGAGAUGUUCACUCAUUACGAUCGUGUCCUCAUCGGUGGACUUUGCGAGAAGGCUGGGUUGUACCAACGUGCUUUGGAACACUAUACCGAUAUCCACGAUAUUAAGCGCAUUUUGCCCCACACUAAUCUUCUCAACCCUGAAUGGGUUGUUGAAUACUUUGGUCGCCUUUCCGUUGAGCAGACUCUUGAAUGCUUGAAGGAAAUGCUUGCUACCAACCUCCGCCAAAAUCUGCAAAUUGCCGUCCAGGUUGCCACUAAAUACUCUGAGCAAUUGCAACCUCACAAUCUCAUUGAUCUCUUUGAGACCUUCAAGACCAAUGAAGGACUAUACUAUUACCUCGGUUCCAUCGUCAACUUGAGCGAGGACUCCCUUGUUCACUUCAAGUACAUCCAGGCUGCAUGCCGAACUGGUAAUAUUCGUGAAGUCGAACGCAUCUGUCGCGAAAGCAAUUACUAUGACGCUGAGAAGGUCAAGAAUUUCUUGAAGGAAGCAAAACUUAGCGAUCAAUUGCCUCUCAUCAUUGUAUGCGACCGAUUCGACUUUGUCCAUGAUCUUGUACUCUACCUUUACCACAACAAUUUGCAAAAGUACAUUGAGAUCUAUGUACAAAAGGUCAACCCUUCACGUACACCCGCUGUCAUUGGUGGUUUGCUCGAUGUCGGUUGCGACGAAGACGUUAUCAAGAAUCUUUUGAUGUCUGUCUCUGGUACUCUCCCUGUAGACCAGCUUUGCGAAGAAGUUGAGAAGCGCAACCGCCUCAAGCUCCUUUUGCCUUGGCUUGAGAUUCGUGUUAAUGACGGUAGCACUGACAAGGAUGUUUACAACGCCUUGGCCAAGAUCUACAUUGACACAAACAAUAACCCAGAACCUUUCUUGAAGGAGAACGAGUACUAUGAUCCUCGUUUCAUUGGUAAAUACUGCGAAAAGAGAGAUCCCUAUCUCGCAUACAUCUGUUACCAGAAGGGACAGUGUGACUACGAGCUCAUUAACAUUACCAAUGAAAACUCCAUGUUCAAGCACCAAGCACGCUAUCUUGUCCGUAGACGAGAUACCACUUUGUGGCAGCACGUUUUGCAGGAGAGCAACAGCAAUCGUCGACAACUGAUUGAUCAGAUCGUCGGUACUGCUCUUCCUGAAUGUUCAGAUCCUGAAGAUGUCUCCAUCACAGUCAAGGCAUUCAUGGCUGCUGAAUUGCCCAACGAACUCAUUGAAUUAUUGGAGAAGAUUGUUCUUGAAGGCACCGCCUUCAGUGAUAACAAAAAUUUGCAAAACUUGCUUAUUUUGACUGCUGUCAAGGCUGACCAAACCAGAGUUAUGGAUUACAUCAACCGCCUCGAUAACUACGAUGCUCCUGAUAUCGCCAACAUCUGUAUUGGAGCAGACUUGUUCGAAGAAGCUUUCACCAUCUUCAAGAAGUAUAAUGUCAACAGCAGUGCCAUCAAUGUUUUGAUCGACAACAUUGGCAACAUUGAUCGUGCCUACGAAUUUGCUGAGCGCUGCGAUCAGCCUGAAGUCUGGAGCCGACUUGCCAAGGCUCAACUUGAUAACAUGCGUGUUAAGGAUUCAAUCGAUUCAUACAUUCGUGCAAAUGACCCAUCCAACUAUGUUGAAGUCACGACCUACGCCCAACGUGCUGACAAGUUUGAAGACCUCGUUCGUUUCUUGCAAAUGGCUCGCAAGCACUCUCGUGAGCCUUACAUUGAAACCGAAUUGCUCUUUGCUUACGCCAAGACUGAUCGAUUGGUCGAUCUUGAGGAUUUCAUUGCUUCACCCAACAUUGCUCAGAUUCAACAAGUUGGAGACCGCUGUUUCGACUCUCACAUGUUUGAAGCUGCCAAGAUUUUGUUCAGCAGCAUUUCAAACCACGCUCGUCUUGCUACUACUCUUGUCUAUCUUGGAGACUACCAAGGCGCUGUUGAUUGUGCUCGAAAGGCCAGCAACACAAAAGUAUGGAAGGAAGUCAAUGCUGCUUGUAUCAAGAAUCGCGAAUUCCGUCUUGCUCAAAUCUGUGGUCUUCACAUCAUUGUUCACGCUGAAGAACUUGAAGAAUUGAUCAAGGUUUACGAAUCCAAUGGUUACUUUGAGGAACUCAUCAGCCUUUUGGAAGCUGGUUUGGGUCUUGAGCGUGCCCACAUGGGUAUGUUCACUGAACUUGCCAUCUUGUAUGCCAAGUAUGCUCCUGAGAAGAUGAUGGAGCAUCUCAAGUUGUUCGUCUCUCGUAUCAACAUCCCCAAGGUCAUUCGGUCAUGCGAAGAAGCACAUUUGUGGCGUGAACUUGUUUUCCUUUAUGUCCAUUAUGACGAGUUUGAUAAUGCUUCUCAAGCUAUGAUGGAGCACUCACCCGAUGCUUGGGAACAUUCUGCUUUCAAGGAUGUCGUCGUCAAGGUCUCCAACCACGAAAUCUAUUACAAGGCUUUGCGAUUCUACUUGAAUGAACAACCACUUCUCUUGACCGAUCUCUUGGCUGCUCUUACCGCCAAGAUUGACCAUACACGAGUUGUUCAAAUUUUUGAGAAGUCUGACAAUAUCCCACUCAUCAAGCCAUAUCUUGUUACUGUACAACAUGUCAAUAACAAGGCAGUCAACCAUGCUCUUAACGAGUUGUUGAUAGAAGAGGAAGAUUAUAAUGGACUACGAGAUUCGAUUGACCACUUUGAUAACUUUGACACCAUUGAACUUGCUCAAAAAUUGGAGAAGCACGACCUCCUGGAAUUCCGUCGUAUUGCCGCUCAUCUCUACAAGAUGAACAAGCGCUGGAGACAGAGUAUCACCCUCUCUAAGCAAGAUCGACUUUUCAAGGAUGCCAUGCAAACCGCUGCUGAUUCAAAGAGCAAUGAUAUUGCCGAAGAACUUUUGCAAUACUUUGUCGAAGUUGGCAACCGAGAAUGCUUUGCUGCUAUGUUAUAUGCAUGCUAUGACCUCAUGAGACCUGAUGUCGUUAUGGAGCUUUCGUGGAGACAUGGUUUGAACGACUUCUCAAUGCCCUAUAUGAUCAAUAUCAUGCGCGAGCAGUUCAACAAGAUUGAUGUGUUGGGUAAGGAAGUCAAGGAUUUGAAGGAAAAGGCCGAGUCUCAGGAAAAUGCUCGUAAGUAUUAUUAUUUGUCUUAUUGUUACUUCAAAUAAUCAUUUACUAAACCAAAUUUUUUUUUUUCAGCUGCAGCACCUGUUAUGGGAGGAGCCCUUGGUAACCCACUCAUGCUUACUGCUGGUCCCACUGGUGGUAUGUUUCCACAACAAAGCCCUAUGAUGACUGGCGCCUCAGCGCCGUACGGCAUGGGAGGAAGCCCAAGUGGCAUGUACGGUGGAGGUUUAUAAAAUGGUGCUCAUAAAGAAUUAUUUGUUUAAACAAAAGAAAAGACGAAAUUAAAGGGAAGAUAUAUAUACAUUUGUUACUUUAAAAGCCGUUGG